AUGUCGUCCGGCCACAAGCCAUGUUCGCAACGUCUUCGGCCAGGAUGGCACGGAAUAGGAAAAGUUAUCACGGGAAUAUAUAUAAAAAAAAAUAUAAACAAGUUUAUUAAUAGAGCGCUCAUUCGUGCUGGGUCGCACGGCCGUGAUUUGUCCGACGGCUCUGAUAUACAGAAAUACCCGUGCAAUAAACGAACAACGAACGGGAGACUUACAAAGACCGGGCGACAUCAAGCACUCGCGCCAUCUCAACAAGUCGUACAACACGGUCAUCUCCCGCGCGCAUCUUACGACACCGGCUACCGACUACCAGCUACCAGCUAA